CAGUAGUGCUCAGGGACGCCACGAGUCCACGACCCAGGCCGGACAGGCACGCGGGACGCGGUAGCGCAACCACUAGACUUCCCAGUCAGUGUCGCGCGGAACUUCGUGGAGUAGACACGCGUCGCUCCGCUCCCCAGUUGGCGUGUGAGACUCGUGCUAGCCCCUGACUGGAUAGUGCUGUGAGGAUGUAGAUGCAGGGCUGGUGGUUGGUCCGCGCGUCCCCCAGCACGAGUUUGGGUCAGACGGUUAUGGAUGCCCCUGCAGGGGCUUUGGUCGCUGAGUGGUGCGUGGCGAUGCGGCCCAGAUACCAAAUAACACCACGAGUUUGGGAACCCGAGUGGUGUGGCGCGCGUGGCUGCCUGAGUCCUGCAGUGUCGCGGGUGUGAGGGACAAGUUCCUCCUACAACUGGUGCCACUUGGCUACUGCCGGUGCUGCUCCUCGCCAGGCAGCCCAUGUAAAUAGUUCACCCUGGCGCCCAUUAGGAUUAAGUUCGUGUCCCCUCCCAGCCCGAAAGUCACAAAAGGUGCGGUGGCCAGGGUUACUCAUGGAAGCCAAGGAUCAGCGCCCCCCUCCCCCCAGCUGUCGUCCUCCCGUUCGGCGGACUCAACGCCGAAGAAGAAUAUUCUGCAGCGCAUCAAGAUGGGCGCCAGGAAUGCCUCCAAGAAUACUAAGGGCAUUAAGACCAACCGGGGCCCAGACAGCUGUGUGGAGGGCGGCGGCGGCGAGGAUGGGAUGUCACGCUCCCACUCCCACGAUAACCUGUACCCAGGCCACGCUCCCUCCCCUCAACAAAGCCGGUCGAAGGCGCUUGAGAACCAAGAUGAGACGCGGCGAACAGAAAACACUCUCAAAAUCUGGAUUAUGGAGGCGAAAGAAAUUCCCAGCAAGAAAAAGUACUUUUGUCACCUGAUAGUGAACCUGCAGCCCAGCCACCGCACGUGCUCGAAGCCCAUGACCAACAUGUGCUUCUGGGGAGAGUACUUUGAACUAGAUCUGAGUCCUGAGAUCACUAGCAUCAUUAUAGAGCUAAAGAGGGAAGGGGAUAAGAAGUCAAACAAAAAGAUAGGCUCCGUGGAGAUUGACCUGAAGCCGUCCAGCCCGGGCCGAGCCACCCAGGAGGAGCAGUGGUACCCAGUGAAGGUGGAGAAGCAGGACAAGACCACUCCUGCCCUCAGGAUAAGACACAGGUUCCAGUCGUUGGACAUCCUCCCUCUGUCCCAAUACGGACCUCUUCUUCAGUACCUGAAGGAGAAUGCAACCCCUCUCUGCCAACUGCUGGAGCCAGUGUUGCCAGUGAAAGCCAAAGAAGACAUUGCCACCACGCUGAUCAACAUCAUGCAGGCAGAGAACUGUGCCAUUGCCUUCCUUGUUGAUCUUGUUUACACAGACAUCAAGACUAAUGCUGAGAACGAGCACCUGCUCUUCCGAGGGAACAGUGUGGCCACCAAGGCGAUAGAAGCCUACAUGAAGCUGGUGGGUGAGCAGUACCUGCACGACACUCUGAAGGACCCCAUCCUGGCCCUCAUCACCAGUGCUGAGGACCUGGAGGUGGACCCCCUCAAGAUCACCAACGUGCAGUUCCUUCAGGAGCACCGCAACUCCCUCAAGGAGAAAGUGACUGCAGUUUGGGAAAAGAUCUUACAAUCUAGUCGGAACUUCCCUGUGGAGCUGCGUGAGGUGUUCCACAAGCUGCGGGAGCAACUCUCCCGCCAGGAGAAGUGUGAGCUGACCGACAACCUCAUCUCUUCGUGUGUGUUUCUGCGCUUUUUCUGUCCAGCUGUCUUGUCACCAUACCUCUUCAACAUGGUCACAGCGUACCCAGACGACCGUGCCAGCAGGAAUCUCACAUUGGUGGCCAAGACACUUCAGACACUUGCCAACUUCACUCUCUUCCAAGGAAAGGAGAAGUUCAUGGAAUUCCUCAAUGAGUUCAUCAACAAGGAGCAGGAACGGUGCAGAGCGUUCCUCAGAGCCAUUUCUAGUCCCCCAUCAUCGGAGGACAGCAUCCUGGAUUUUGAUGGAAAGAUUGAUCGUGGCAAGCACCUGGCCCUGCUCCACCUGCACCUAGUAGAUGUCCUUGCUGAGAUGAACACCCAGGGGUAUGAGAGUGAAGCUAGCAGAGUAAUGGCACUGGUGGAGGACAUCAGUGUCCUGCUAGGUGGCAGCCACACUAGGAUGCCAUAUGUACCCCGGCCCUCCAGUGGUCCCAUCCUCCCUGGCAGCCCAGCUCUUGCCCCCCCUCAGAUGCCUGCCAGUAACAACAACUUCAUGCGGGAGGAGUCUACAGAUGGCACAGAGGAGAGAGGAACAGGCUUGGGAAUGACACCCUCCACUAACAGGUCUCAGUCCUUCCCUCGCUCAGUCACUCCUGUCUACUCCCACCACCACAUGGUUACCAGCAGCCCAAGGCCACCAUUCCAUCACCAGGCAAGAUCAGCAGGUGGUGACCUUGGUCCCAGUGAGGAACAUGUCCUCAUUACAGCCUUUGAUCUCUCCUCAAGACCUCAGAUCUCCAUGUUCCCUUCAGAGGAAGCCAACAACAACAAUCCACCAGCAGUGGACAUGCGGGUCAACAACAGCAACAGUUACUACAUUGGUGAGGUGCCUCCGCCGCCAGUCCACCAGGUGCACCACCAGCCCCAGCGGGCGCUGAUACACAACACUCCCCAGACGCGGCAACACCUCAGAGGCCCACCCUCAAGAAACCUCUCUGUGGGAGAAGUUCAAGGUUCUGCUGACAGAAGAGUAUACGACAGAAAUUGUUCAGAGUUUUUUAGAUACAUGGACGACGCGUCUCACAAGUUCAUUGCCGCAUGCAAGGAUGGAGAAAACAACAUCCAGGGUUCCCAGACCUCCAUUUCUCAGCUUUCCAAUAUUGCCUCAUCAGGAUAUCAGAGUUUUGCAUACUCCCAAUCAUCAUCUCCUGUAGACUCCCUCCUCCACACUGACAACUCCAGCCUCCUCUCAAGGGAGAAUGGAAACCCAGGACUGCCAGUGGGGAUCAGACAGGUUCACCAUGACUCGCCUCUAGCCUCACCUCUGCACCAGCAAACUUCCAAGUAUCGGGCAGUGGGCAUGCACCCAGCCUAUCUGGGACAUGCAGGUCAUGCCUCCCUCCAUGGCACCCCCAGACAUGCCCCAAGAGUCCCUCAGCCCAAAGAGAGCCCAAACAGCAGCCUGAGCUCCUCUCAGAGUGUUGAGGAUCUGUCCUCGCUGCGCCGAGGACGCACCCGACAGCGCCGCUCAGCUUCCUCCUCCUCAGACUCCUCCCCAGACUCUCAUCCUCCUUCUCAUUCAAACUCUCACUUCCGUCGUGCACCAGCCCAUACUCCUCGCACCAACCCCCACUGCUCUCCCCGCUUGGUGCCAUCUCCAGCCCUCAGGCAUGAACUUAGGUCUGCUAAACAGCGCCAUGAUCGCAGUGUUAGUAGCAGGAGAGGGAGGAGUAACAGGUCAUCGGAGAGAGAGGACCUGCAAGGACCUCCCCACUGCUGUGACGACUCUGAGGACGACCUAAACGUUGCUGUGGGAUCACUGGGUGGCGCAGGGGCAGGGGGCUGGGUGCGGGAGGGCUGGCAGGAGCACCACCACCUGCUGGCCCACAACCUGCCACCACAGCAACUCCUUGACCAACAGGAAGACCAAAUGAGAGCCAUAAUUGAAAGGCUGAUGUCAAUGGAACAAGAGUUUCGUCAUGAACAGGAAAUGAUGAGGCGAGAGAUGCACUACAAGGAUGCCAGAAUUGAUGCUCAGGAAAAGAAAAUUGCUGCACUAGAUUCAGCAAACACCCACCUCAUCCGCACCAUUGCCUCCCUCAACUCAAGGCCUGGAGAGCUGAAGCCAGACUUAAGUGGUGAUCUGCACAACGACUCCUGCAAUGCAUCCGACACCUCAGACUAUAAGAGUUCCUCCUGCUGAGUGGUGCCCUCCACCCUCCCCCUAACACUUAGUAGUCCUUGCAUUUCCCAGUGAAACCAAGUAAUAAAAGGUUGUACAUAUUAUAUAGUAAGGUAAUGUUACUCUAGUAUACUUGCCAGUUAUGAUGUUAUUAGAGACUUGUUCACAAAUAUUAAACACAAAAAUGUCAUUAAUUUGAAUAUACGUAAUAUAAUAGAAGUUUUUAGUGUUCAAAUUACAGAGCACACACACUGUGUUUCUGUGCUGGGCAUUUAAGUACAAGGUCAUCAUUCCCUGUCUUAUGUCUGUCUUAAUUCUCCUUGAAAACUGAAACAAACAUAUUUUUCUGUUUCCCUCCCCAAACAAAAAUUACAUCACACUCAAGAUGUAUGACCUGGCAAGUCUCCCAGUAGAGGGAUGUCAGUCAGCCACCCACGGCUCAAAACAGUUUGGCUUACGAGUCCCAACUCGUAUCCCUUGUACAAUUUUUCUUCAGCAUCACUCCACGACUCAAAAGAGUCAAGCCAAGCUUGCAUCAUUCAUUCCUCCUUGCUCUUUUGCAAGAUUCUCAUUUGACAUUCCAUUUAUGUUUAAAAGUACUUGUCUGAAAGAAGAUAAAUUAAACUUUAGAUCUUAAUGUACGGAAAACGUAAUCUUUCCAUGUGAAAUUUUCAAUGCCGGGAAUGUGAGUUGUUCUGUUGAUGCAGUUUCCAGUGUUCAAAAUUUCAAAACUAGAAUCCCAUUUCGUACCUUCAUAUACAAACAAUUUAUUCUUUUUCAUAGCAAGUAAAUUUAUGUAUAAUUUAACAUAAAUUUGUAUAAUUUAACAAAGUCAUUUUAGAGACAAAAACAAGAAGGCUUUAUUCUGUACAGAUAAGAGUUCUUUAUUCUUUUGUAUAAUGUGAAAUAUAUGGACCUUGUAUAGUUAUGCUUGUGUAUACUGUAGUUGAUGGUAGUACACACUGGAGAACACCAAAGAUUAGGUUAUAAAGUCCUGAUUUUUGAAGCUCAACGUCAGUGCAGUGCGUCCGACACUAUUUUAUGUACAUUAGAAUGUAAAUAAGUAAGUCCAUACAUAGAAAACAAAAAGACAGUGUAAUUUUUCCCAUAUCUUGAUAAGCUGAGGUUUUGAUACAGUAUAUAAAAUGUAUUAGAGAAUCUGUGCUUGUAAAGCACAUGUUUAUACAUAUUUAGAAAGCCAAAGGUUUAAACAAGGUUGUACAUUAUGAUAUCUACAUAAAAGAUGUGGAUUAUGCUGUUUGUACCAAUUCUAUAAUAAACACUUCUUAAAUGAAGAUUUAUUGUG